CAAUAACUUAGCCCACUUCAAACAUUAAAACAAACCCAUUAAACAACCACAACCCAAUCGCUGCCACCACUCCCGCUCUCCCUCCUCCUGCCAGCGACGACGACAACCUCCGACCACCCCUGCAAAAUUCCGGCCGCACCCAGCUUCACACCGACAAUAAACAGGACUAGGAGGAACCGUGAUUAGGGAAGUUAUGACGCGAUUUCUCAAGAGAAAAGGGGUUGAACCACUUUUUUCGUCGGAUUCUUCUAACUGAAGACUAAGCUUAUGUGCAGCGUUAUUUAGUAUCAAUCUGACUAAAACAACCUAAGAUGAAAGCUAAACGUCCGACUAAAGCUCAACGAUUGUCGUCGACUACAAUCAACACACUCCCUCAAACCAUAAUAGAAAACAUCCUAUGUCUUUUACCAAUUCAAGAGGCAGCACGGACAAGUAUCCUCUCUAGGGAAUGGAGGUACAAGUGGACCACUAUUCCCAAACUUGAGUUUGGUUCGUCUACUUUGUCCAAAGGAAAAAACAAAGAGAAGCUACCAUCUGACAUAGCAAGUGCACGGAAAAAAAACAUGGACGAAAGGUGUAAACUUUUCAAUGCUAUACACCAAGUUCUGUUAAUGCGCCAGGGUCCAAUACACGAGUUCAUCUUUAACCCGAUCGGAACCUACAACUGUUUUGAACUUGAUCAAAUAGUAUUUCAUUUGUCAAGGAACCAUACUGUCAAGAAAUUAACACUUGCGUUUGAUUAUAUAUCUCCGUAUAAGUUACCCUUAUGUGCCUUCUCUUUGCAUCAGUUAACAGACCUAUAUCUCAGUUUUGUUAAUCUUGACCAUCAACCAAUAGUCAGUGGAUUUGGUAGCCUUAGAAGCUUAUGCUUGAUGAAUGUAUGGAUCUCUUCAAAAGCUCUUCUUCGUCUAUUAUCAAAUUGUCCAUCACUUAAGAGGUUCACUUUGCAAGGAUUUAUCAGUCAUAAAGAUUGCACAAUUAUUGAGCUUUUUGAUUGUCUACAUGUGAUUGAAGAUCUGACUAUUUAUGGGUACAAUGCCCGUCAGCUUGUUCUAGACUCGGUUCCAGAAGAGCUUCCAACCUCACUAAUCCACCUCAAAUACUUUUGUUUCAAAGAAAUGUCUCUAGAUGUCGAUGGUCUUUUAACUUUUCUUGCUGUUUUGCUCAAAUGUUCCCCAAACUUGGAGCACAUUGUGCUAGAGGUUGCUGAACUGGAGUAUAAUGAUGAAAAUGAGAUAUAUUAUGGUAUAUUGGAAAAAUACUCAGAUGUUUGGAUGGAGCAUCUGAAGGAAUUGGUGAUUUAUAAUUUUAACAACUUGAAGCCUUCAAUGGAGUUUGUGAAGUUUAUCAUCUCCAGGUCUCCAAAGUUGAAGAAGGUGUUGUUGAUAGUUGAUGACAAGGAUGAAGAGUUGGAGAUGUUAAAAGUUCUCUUACAGGCCCCAUGCGCAUCACCGGUAGAAAUUGUUGUAAAGUAGUUGGGACGGGACAACAACAUCAAAGACUUUAGAUAACUCAACACUUAGUUUAAAGAAGUAUGAUGAUAAUCUGGAAGAAUUGCUACUUGUUUUUCUGCUUAUAUUAGUUGUCGUUAUUUUGGAUGCUGGUAUUCACAAUAGUUAUUUUCUGCCAGCUGGCCUUUGCAUUUGAUAAGGAUACGUUGGGACCGCUGGACUGGCGACGGGUGUUACUUCACUAAUUAUCACAAAUGUAUCCAUAUUUGUGUUUCUAUAUAUUCGGUUUAUAACUUA